AUGAGGUGCCUUGUGCUUCUCUUGGCCUUCCUUGCUCUCUCUCAGGGCAGUGGGAUCACCAGAAUCCCUCUGUACAAAGGGAAGACUCUGAGGAAGUCCUUGAAGGAACAUGGACUCCUGGAUGACUUUAUGAAGAAUUACAAGACUAGCGUCUUCACGAAGUUCUCCAGUUCCCGAGAGGUGGCCAGAGAACCCCUGACCAAUUACCUGGAUUCCCAGUACUUCGGCAAGAUCCAGAUUGGGACUCCGCCCCAGGAAUUCACUGUGAUAUUCGACACUGGCUCCUCGGACCUCUGGGUGCCCUCUAUCUACUGUGAUAGCAAUGCCUGCCAAAACCACCAUCGCUUCAACCCACACAAGUCUUCGACCUUCCAGAACAUGAACAAGCCCCUGGCCAUUCAAUAUGGCACUGGCAGCAUGGAGGGCAUCCUGGGCUACGACACUGUCACCGUCGCCAACAUCGUGGACACUCACCAGACCGUGGGCCUGAGCACCCGGGAACCUGGAGACAUCUUUACCUACUCCGAGUUCGACGGCAUCCUGGGGCUGGCCUAUCCCUCCCUGGCCUCUCCAUACUCAGUGCCUGUAUUUGACAACAUGAUGGCCAAGCACCUGGUGAAUAAGAACCUGUUUUCAGUUUACAUGAACAGAGACAGUCAGGGGAGCAUGCUCACACUGGGCGCCAUCGAUGCCUCCCACUACAAUGGUUCCCUGCACUGGGUGCCCAUCACUGUGCAGCAGUACUGGCAGUUCACCGUGGACAAAAUCACCGUUGACGGUGUGGUCGUGGCCUGUGAGGGUGGCUGCCAGGCCAUUCUGGACACCGGAACCUCCCUACUGGUGGGGCCCAGCGACGACAUCUUCAACAUCCAGUCAGCCAUUGGAGCCACUGAAGGCCAGUACGGCAUGUUUGACAUCAACUGCAGGAGCCUGAGCAGCAUGCCCACCGUGGUUUUUGAGAUCAAUGGCAGGCAGUACCCUCUGCCCCCCACUGCCUACACCAACAGGGACGAGGGCUUCUGCAGCAGCGGCUUCCAGGGAGACGACUCUGAGCUGUGGAUCCUGGGCGACGUCUUCAUCCGGGAAUACUUCAGCGUCUUCGACAGGAUCAACAAUCGCGUGGGGCUGGCCAAGGCUGUGUAA